AUGGCCAGGACUCCUGAGCUGCUCCUUCUGCUGGCUCUGGGACUCUGCUGCCCUGGGAUCCGGGGCCAGAGGUACCAGAUGACGGCCAAAUUUCGUGACAGCAGCAUCACACACCCCGAGAUGGGGCAGCGGCUGGAGCUGGAAUGCCUGGCUGCCAAGGUGGACAGCGGUAUAUUCUGGAUCCGGCAGGACAAGGGUGGGACUCUUCACUUCAUCGUCUUCAUCUCUUCCCUGUCCUGGGCCUUCUUCACAGGGAAUGAGUGGACAUCCACACGCUUUGAGACAAGCAACAAAAGCAAGUACUACCAGCUGGUGGUGAAGUCUUUCAUGCCACAGGAUGAAGGGACCUAUUUCUGCCUUACAAGCAGCAACCAAGUGCUGUACUACAGCCCUGGCCUGCCUGUCUUCUUCCCAGUCAACACCAACCAGUACAACAUCACCAAAGAGGACCCCUGCCUGAAGACCCCAGAGACCAGGAAGGACAAAGAACUGAAUUUCUUCUGUGCAAUAUUCCUAUGGCUUCCCUUGAUAGGUGCCUUCCUCCUGGUUAUCACCACUCUAGCAGUCACCAUCGUGCUGUGUCAACGUAAGUUUCAACCCUAA